UUAUUAUUUAUUAUUUAUCUCUCAUCCAUCAUUUUGAUUAGUCAUCGAUCGUUGCAAAAAUCCACAGAAAUUAUACAGACAAACUUCCUUCCAAAACAUCUUAAGAAAUAUUUUUCUGGUUCUGUAAUCUGUACUGCUGUUAGGAAAUGGCUUCCUGUCCAGAGGUUGGAUACGUCUCUCGUUAUGAUGUUGUCGAGAGAGAAUCGACAGGGCGGUAUGCAAGGUACGAUAUGAUCAUAGCACAAAGUGGUAUUAAAACAGUUUACAAGGGCUUUGAUGGUGUUAAUGGUCUCGAAAUUGCUUGGACGAAGACAGUUUUAACAAAGGAAUUAUUAAAGAACGAGGAAUAUGUCAAGAGUUUGUGUCAAGAAGCUAAUAUCUUGAAAUCAUUGAAGCAUGAGAGUAUUGUGAAAUGCUACGAUUCUUGGGUUGAUUUUGAAAACAAAAUCAUUCACAUGAUUACUGAGCCUUUUUUUUCUGGGAAUUUGGUAAGGUAUCUCAACAAACAUACUUUUCAAGGCAAUACAAUAAUCAAGAAUUGGUGCAGACAGAUUCUAAAUGGGUUGGUUUUUCUUCACACUCACAAUCCUCCUAUUAUUCACCGUGAUAUUAAGUGCGAAAACAUCUUUGUUAAUGGAAAAACUGGGAGUGUUAAACUCGGAGAUUUCAGUUCGGCCAUGAUUCUUGAUGAUAAAUUGAUGAUCCCACCAGAGGUUAGUGAGAAAGUUGACAUAUACGAUUUUGGGUUAUGCAUAAUACAGAUGUUUACUAAGGAACCGCCAUACAGUAACAAACAGUAUGCUCGUGCAAAGGCUAAGUUGGGUGUAAUGCCUGCUGAUCUAAACAAAGUGACAGACCCUGUGGCUAAGUUGUUCAUUGAAAGGUGUCUGGCUCCUGAAUCUGAAAGACCUUCUGCAAUUAUUCUCUUGGAUCACCCUUUUCUUGCACAGACUGUUCCUACCACCUUAAGAGCAAGAAGGCUGAAUCUGAGAACAUGUCUUCGUACUGUGUCUAAUCAGGUGGAUAGAUUACAACCUAAGACAUUCAAAUUAACAGGGGAGAUAGACAACAAUGGUUCCAUAUCUAUGUCCUUGUUGAUUACUUUUCGAAGUGCUAAAGAAGAGACGAUUCAAAUACAUUUCUCACUCAAAAAUGAUACAAUUCAAGAAGUCGUCGCAAGAAUUGCAACACAGAAUGGCUGGUCAACUGCUGAAGCCACGCUUGUUUCUGAACUCAUGGAAAAUCGGAUAACAGCACUCAAAUCUUCUGAUAGUCGUUGGAGUUGUUUCUGAAUAUCAACUCAGUAUUGCACAUCAUUCUUUACAGAUAUGACUUGUUUGUUAAAUUCUAGUUUUCUGGACAUUAUUCUAAGCUGUUUUUUUUGUUAAAUUCUAGUUGAGUGUUAUAGUUUUGUUCAGGUCAA